AUGGAUGGAUCGGUUGGCCGUGGGGGCAGCAGUGCGGAUGCUUAUUUACCCAAUUACAAACUUGGAAAAACUCUUGGUAUUGGUUCUUUUGGAAAGGUCAAGAUUGCAGAGCAUGCAUUAACUGGCCAUAAAGUUGCCAUCAAGAUCCUCAACCGGCGCAAGAUAAAGAACAUGGAAAUGGAAGAGAAAGUGAGAAGAGAGAUCAAAAUACUGAGACUGUUUAUGCAUCCUCACAUUAUACGACUCUAUGAGGUCAUUGAAACACCAUCAGACAUUUAUGUUGUGAUGGAGUAUGUGAAGUCCGGGGAGCUCUUUGAUUAUAUAGUAGAGAAGGGUAGGCUGCAGGAAGAUGAAGCUCGUAACUUUUUUCAGCAGAUAAUCUCGGGCGUAGAGUAUUGUCACAGAAAUAUGGUUGUUCAUAGAGAUCUAAAGCCCGAGAAUUUGCUCUUGGAUUCCAAAUGCAAUGUGAAGAUUGCUGAUUUUGGUUUGAGCAACAUAAUGCGUGAUGGCCAUUUUCUCAAGACAAGUUGUGGCAGCCCAAACUAUGCUGCUCCAGAGGUCAUUUCUGGCAAACUGUACGCUGGGCCUGAAGUGGAUGUGUGGAGUUGCGGAGUCAUACUAUAUGCUCUUCUUUGUGGCACCCUUCCAUUUGAUGAUGAAAACAUUCCCAACUUGUUUAAGAAAAUAAAGGGUGGGAUAUACACUCUUCCUAGUCAUUUGUCACCUGGUGCAAGAGACUUGAUACCAAGGAUGCUUGUAGUUGAUCCAAUGAAAAGAAUGACCAUCCCUGAGAUUCGUCAGCAUGCAUGGUUCCAGGCUCAUCUUCCUCGUUAUUUAGCUGUUCCUCCACCAGACACAAUGCAACAAGCGAAAAAGAUUGAUGAGGAAAUUCUUCAGGAGGUGGUUAAGAUGGGAUUUGACAGGAACCUUUUAGUUGAAUCCCUUCGUGGCAGAGUACAAAAUAAGGGUACUGUUGCAUACUAUUUGUUAUUGGACAACCGUUUCCGUGUAUCCAGUGGCUAUCUUGGAGCUGAGUUUCAGGAGACUGUGGAAUGUGGUUUCAACCGUAUGCAUCAAAGCGAGGCUGCUGCUUCACCUGUUGGGCACCGCCUUCCAGGAUAUAUGGAAUAUCAAGGAAUGGGUUUCAGACCACAGUUCCCUGUUGAAAGGAAAUGGGCUCUUGGGCUUCAGUCUCGAGCGCAUCCUCGUGAAAUAAUGACAGAAGUCCUUAAAGCUUUACAAGAAUUGCGGGUUUGUUGGAAGAAGAUAGGGCACUACAACAUGAAGUGUAGGUGGGUUCCUGGAACUCCUGGUCAUCAUGAAGGCAUGGUCGACAAUUCAUUGCACAGUAACCAUUAUUUUGGCGAUGAAUCCAGCAUCAUUGAAAAUGACGGUGUCAUGAAGACGACAAAUGUGGUCAAGUUUGAAGUGCAGCUCUUCAAAACUCGGGAGGAGAAGUAUCUGCUUGAUCUUCAGAGGGUUCAGGGCCCCCAGUUUCUCUUCUUGGAUCUUUGUGCUGCUUUCCUUGCACAACUUCGUGUCCUUUAA